CUUUCAAGCAGGCAAUAUGGCGGGGGAGAAGGAAGAUAAAAGCAAAAACAACCCCAUGCGCGAGCUGCGCAUUCGUAAGCUGUGCCUGAAUAUAUGUGUUGGUGAGUCUGGUGACAGACUGACACGUGCUGCCAAGGUGCUGGAACAGCUCACGGGACAGCAGCCAGUCUUCUCUAAAGCUCGUUACACUGUGCGUUCCUUCGGUAUCAGAAGAAACGAGAAGAUUGCCGUGCAUUGCACAGUCCGAGGUCCCAAGGCAGAAGAGAUCCUGGAGCGUGGAUUGAAAGUGCGUGAGUACGAACUGAGGAGGGGCAACUUCUCCGACAAUGGCAACUUUGGCUUUGGCAUUCAGGAACACAUUGAUCUGGGCAUCAAGUACGACCCAGGCAUUGGCAUUUAUGGCAUGGACUUCUACGUGGUGAUGGGAAGGCCUGGAUUCAAGGUGGGAUGGAGGAGAGCCAGAAAAACCAGAAUUGGCGCCAAGCACCGAGUGAAUAAAGACGAGGCCAUGAAGUGGUUCCAACAGAAGUAUGAUGGUGUGAUUCUUCCAGGCAAAUAGACCAUGCCCACAAGAUAAAAUGAUGCCUCCAACAAUUAUGAACUCUCUUAUACAUGCCAAUUACGAGAGACCUUAUGAAUAUGUACAGACUUUGUUGUACAUAGUAAAAAAAUAAAAACUGUCAAUGAAAAAUAAUUCAAAAAUAAAAUGUCUGAAGAAAUGGA